UCUUCUCUUUUUCUCCAAUGGAUGAACAAUUCGUAUUUUUCAUCAUCUUACUCUUCAUGUUGGCCUCCCAAAACAAACCUCCCAUUGACCCACUCGAACAGAAAGCUCUCUACAAUAUUCUCACCUCCAUCAACCAAACCAUUCCAUCCACCACCACCGACUUCCCCGACGAUUUCUGUCUCUCCGCCCCACACGCCGUCGUCUGCGAAUCCCAUCGUGAACCAAACCAAACAAAAUCACACAUUGCCGAACUCAACUUCGGUUUCUUCGCCGAUCAAACCCCUUUUCUUCCUUGUUCCCCAAACGCCACUCUAGACCCUCUUCUCUUCACCUCUUUCCCCUACCUUCGAAAACUCGUCUUCCACAAAUGCUUCAACAACACGCUCAAUCCCAUUCACCUCCUUUCACUUCCUUCUUUCCCUUCAUCUCUCCAAGAACUCGUCUUUAUCGACAACCCUUCUAUCUUUUCACCUCUCCAACCUUUUAUCAACAACCUCACCUCUCUCAAGAAACUCGUCUUAGUCGGAAACGGUUUCUACGGUGAUCUUCCGCCGCAGAUUGAUCGUUUUCAUAACCUGGAAGAACUUAAUCUGUCAAGAAACAAUCUUUCCGGCGAGGUUCCGGCGAGUAUCGGAAUGCUCAAGAAACUGAGCAUUCUUGAUCUGAGUCAUAACAACUUCGAAGGGUGUGUCCCAGAACAGGUCGGGAAUCUUGUUAAUCUUUUGAAACUUAACUUGAGCCAGAAUGGGUUUAAUUGUAAAAUUCCAGACAGUUUUAUCCACUUGAAAAAGUUGGAAUUUUUGGAUUUAAGCUUCAACCGUUUUGGUAACUUUGGAGUCCCUUUGUUCUUAGGAGAGUUUCACAAAAUGAAGGAAGUUCAUUUGAGUGGAAACUCACUCUCUGGUCAGAUUCCGGAAAUAUGGGAAAAACUUGGCAGUGUUGAAAAAAUAGGAUUUUCUAAAAUGGAUUUGGUUGGUGAAAUCCCAGCUUCAAUGGGGGUUCAUUUGAAAAAUCUGACUAAUCUUGAGCUUGACAACAACAACCUUGAAGGUCCUGUUCCGGAGGAAUUCGGGUUUCUUUUGAAGUCUGCUAAUGAGAUAAACUUGGAGAACAAUAAUUUGAGUGGUAGAAUCAGUUUCACAUGUGGAGGAGGAGUUGGACAGAAGAUGUUGAAGUUGGCAGGUAAUAUGGGACUGUAUUUGGAAAUCAAUGCUAGCUGUUGUUGUGAAAAUGGCUUGGAUCAACCAAAUCACUGCAAAACAGCAACCGUCAACGGGGCUUCUUUGCGGUUUUUCGAUCCUAUUAUGUUGGUUUUGAUCUUCAUCAUAGUGUUUGUGUUUUCGUAUCUGUUUUUGUUUUUAAAAAGGCGUCACUUAUAUCUGUUUAGAAGACUGUGA